UGCCAAAGAGUUAACUCUAGCUAAAAGUAUAAAAACCUUUAACUUUACCACAAACAUUAACAAUUACAAAUUGUCAAUCAUACCUAAAACCUCCAAACUUUAAUAAAAUGUUCAAAUUCAUCGCUGUCUGCUUCUUCGCUUUGUUGGCUGUUGCUGCCGCUAAACCCGGUUUAGUAGCUCCUUUGGCUUACUCUGCUCCCUUGACUUAUGCCGCCGCUCCCGCUGUUGUUGGUCAUGCUUCUUAUGUAGCUCCUUAUGCCUCCACCUACAAUGCUCACCAUAUUGCUCACUCUGCUGCCUUCCCUGCUGCUUAUGCUGCUGCUCCCGUUGUAGCUGCUCAUUACGCCGCCGCUCCCGUAGUAAGCGCUGCUUAUGCUGCUCCUCUUGCCACUCCCUUCGCCGCCCCCGUUUUGUUGAAGAAGUAAAUCAGAGAAUAGAAUUUGAAUAAUAAUAAAUGACUUUAAUACGAU